AUGGAUCUGCUCGGCUCCAUCCUGAGCUCCAUGGAGAAGCCGCCCAGUGUGGGCGACAAGGAGUCGCGCAAGAAAGCCGAGGUAUCUCCCCGUGAACAGGCAGCCCGUCUACAGACCCUUCAAGAUCAGGAGAGGAAACACAAGGCAGAGUUCAGGAAACAGAUGGAGGCACGAGUGACUGCCUUCAUAAAGGACAGCUCUGAGAAGAAGAAACGCUUUGAGCCAAUGGGAAAGCUGGAGCGCAGCAUACUGCACGAUGUGGCGGAGGUUGCGGGGCUGGCUUCAUUCUCAUUUGGCGAUGACGAGGAAAGCCGGCACGUCAUGGUCUUCAAGAAGGAGUUUGCGCCAUGUGAUGAUGAGCUGGAGGCGUACAGACGGGGAGAAGAAUGGGACCCUCUGUUGCACCAGCUCAAGCUGCAGGAACGAAAGCGGCUGGAGGAGGAGGAGGCGGCAGGGAAAGCCGAGGGGCCGGGGACGGCAGCUCCGGAGCCGCAGCUCAACUACCGAGACAAAUACCGGCACCUGAUCGGCACGGAGUCAGCCGAGCAGGCGGCACACACGCUGCACGCUAACGUCGCCUACGGCUGUGUGCCCACGGUGAACAAGCUAGACAAGCGCUCCAUCGAAGAGGCCAUGAACGACAUUCGGGCCAAGAAAAAACUGCGCGCGGCCAACACGGCUGAGCCGAGAUCGGCAGAGUCGGGCGGCACAGAGUCGAGCGGCGUCGAGACGAGCGUGGUCGAGACGACCGUGGUCGAGACGACCGUGGUCGAGACGAGCACAACUGACACAAAUGCUGCCGAGCCAAGUGGGGUGUAG